CCCAAUGCUCCCAGCCGUUUCUUCCCGCCCACUGUCCUCCGCCGCCAGUCCCCAGCCCCUGGGCAAAGCCCACCUGGUCCGUUGAGCAGACAAGAGCUUCUGGAAGCGGCAGAGCUCCCACCCCGCGCAGGGCCAUGGCCGAGCCCGGAGAGCAACUGCCAGAGGAGGUGCUGGUGCUCAUCUUUCGCCACCUGCCCCUGCGGGACCGUGUUGCUGCCGCCAGGGUCUGCAGAGCCUGGGCUGUUGCUGCCGCGUGCAGCGUCGUGUGGCGCGACACGACCAUCAGAAGUUGCGACUGUGAGCGAGAAGGCACGCUGCUACCAUAUCUGACUGCCAGCAUGGACCACGUUCACAACCUACGGCUGGAAUUUGAGCCGUCGAGGGAGCCAAGCCGCCGGGCGGCCACUGAGUUGCUGACCGCACUGGCGGGCCGCACCCCGGGGCUUCGAAGCCUGCGCCUGGAGUGCUGCGGAGAAAAGCCGCUCUUCGACGCAGGCCGCGACAUCCUGGACGCCGUGCACGCCGUCUGCCGGGCCGCCUGCGCGCUGCGCCACCUCGACCUUCGGCGCUUGCCUUUUACACUGGACGACGCGCUGGUGCUGCAGGCGGCACGCGGCUGCCCCGAGCUCCGCAGCCUUUUCCUGGACAACUGUACGCUGGUGGGCAGCGUGAGGCCCGACUCCGUGCUCCAGCUACUAGAAGCCUGCCCGCGCCUGCGCGCCCUCGGCCUGCACCUAGCCAGCCUGUCGGGCACUGCCCUCCAGGUGCUAGCGGCGCCGGACCGCGCGCCUUUCGCUCUCCUGGCCCUACGGUGCGCGUGCCCCGAGGACGCACGCGCGCCACCCCUGCCCGAGGAAGCCUGGGCCGCGGUGCGCCGCCGCCACCCAGGACUGGCCGUGGAGCUGGAGCUGGAGCCAGCGCUGCCUGCAGAGAGCGUGACGCGCGUCCUGCAGCCUGCCGUGCCGGUGGCUGCGCUACGCCUCAGCCUCUCUGGGGACACGGUAGGCCCGGUGUGCUUUGCAGCGCGCCACUACGCCGCAACCUUGCGCGCGCUCGAGGUGCGCGCCGCUGCCUCAGCUGAGCUGGACGCCGCGCUAGAGUUGCUGGCGGCGCGCUGCGCGGGCCUGCGUGAAGUACACUGCUUCUGCGUGGUACGACCCUCUGUGCUGCACGCCUUCCGCACGCAGUGUCCGCGCCUGCGCAGCUACACGCUCAAACUAACGCGGGAGCCGCAUCCCUGGCUGCCCACGCCUGUGGCGUGACGGGGUAGUCGCCUCUCUGGCAGACGUGUGGCCUCUAAGAUGUUGGAUGCAUUUGCCCCGGCGUGCGCCAACGGCUAGCCCGCUCCUUCGGGACUCUGUUGCGUCUUGUGCCUCUGGAAGAUUAGGGCCUGUGGGAUAGGGAUAGUGUCGGGGACCAUCCCAGGGAGUUCUGAGUCCACCGGGUGGAUCUCCGUAAUGGGAUCAUCCUCCCCCCAACUCCACUCCUCUGCGGACGCUACGCUAGCUCCGCGGCCCUGGCGUGGGAGGGGGGAGAGGGGGGAGGGAGGACACUGGCUCAGGUGGCGAGUCAGGUGUGAGUGUGAAAUAAAGAAAUCCUGCAGCAACACUGCGUCCUCUGGAAGGCGGGGCGGCUCUGAAUGGGGAGGUCGGGGAACCCUCAGAGGCCCAAGGACCCGACGGGGCCGGCGUGGGAGAGAUCAGUUGACUGAUGCGGCUGCGGAGGUCAGGGGCGGGGCACUCCGCAUCCUUGGAAUGACAACGCCCCAGAGUUCUGCGGAAGAGUGCCAGCUUCUCCCCUCCGCACCCGCUCUCCACACCCCUCGCUCCCAUCUGCCCUCUCCAUCCAGGCAAUGGCCAUCGCCUUCUAGGACGUUACCAGCCCACACCGGGCCGCGCACGGGUGAUUGCUCCCGAAGAACAAAGGAGGAAACGGCCUGAGAAGGGUGGAACUCGAACCCGGGUCUCCCUCCCCACCGCACCCCUCCACGCACAUUCGAUCCCAGCCUUCCCUUUCAGUCCGCUGUUGCUGCGGCCGCGGUCUGAGCCCCGCC